GAGCAGCAGAAACAACCUGGAGGAGGCACGAGAAACACGGGGGACGUAAACGCAGGAUUAUCGACAUAUUAAUAUUCUCUCUGCUGUUUUAUUUUUUUUAUUUUUUUGGGACUGCGUUUUUUCGACAGCAGCAUGUUUUCAGUGGGUCCAAAAACGUUGCUGUUGGUGCUGGUGGUGUGUGCGCGUGCUGCCUCGGCUAGAGACACAAACGGCACAAAAAGUGCACGAGGGAGAACCUUUUCUGUUUUUGACCCUUUAGCCGAUCCAAUAACCCCGGAUGCACCAGAUGAUGGCGUUCCCAAAUUGAAUAGCUCCGCAGGUGUUCCGGUGGGUAAUGUAACCACGGAAAUCUCCGAUGAGGCGCUGCUGUUCCUGAGGGGCCCUGUGUCCACCGUCCUCAUACCUUCCUUCUACACGCUGGUCUGCCUGUUCAGUGUGCCGAUCAACAUCUGUGCGGUGCUGGCCUUCGCUCGGAGGAUCCGACCUAAGAAGCCGGCAGCCAUCUACAUGCUGAACCUGGCCUGUGCUGACCUGCUCUUUGCCGUGCUGCUCCCCUUCAAGAUCGCCUACCACUUUGGCGGCAACAACUGGAUAUUCGGCGCGCUCGCGUGCCGCGUUGUCACUGCGGCUUUUUACUGGAACAUGUAUUGCUCUGUUCUCCUCAUAGCCUGCAUCAGCGUGGAUCGGCUUCUCGCUGUAGUCUAUCCGAUCGAAUCCCUGGCGUGGAGGAGGCCGUGGAAGUCAUGCGUAGCCUGCGCGGCCAUGUGGAUGCUGUCCUUCGCCGGUUCGGUGCCGCUCGUCCUCUCCGACCAGACCUACCACCUGAGACAGUUGGACAUCACCACCUGCCACGAUGUCCAGCGCUCGGGUGAGCUAAUCUGGCGCUACAGGAUCUACUUCGUCACGCUCUGCUGCGCCCUCUUCUUCCUGCCGCUGCUCAUCACAGUGGUGUCCUACGCGCGGGUCAUCUGGUCGCUGAGCAGAGUCCCGCGUGGGGUUCCGGGACGCUCGCGCAGGAGAAGCAGAGCAGUGGUGGUCGUUUUGACCAUUCUGGUGAUUUUCGUGCUGUGUUUCACGCCCACCAACUGUCUGCUCCUGGCGCACUACCUGCAGUUCAACGAGGGAGUCCAGCAGAGCCGGGACGCCCCCGAUGGCUCCUACGCAGUCUAUCUGGUCUUUAUGUGUUUGGGAAGCCUCAACUGCCUGCUGGAUCCUCUGGUCUACUACUUUGGAUCGUCCCAGUGCCAGAGGGAACUGUACCGCGCGCUGAGGUGUCAGAAGAUCACACAGAGCAUCUGCAGCAGUCACACGGCAUCCAAUUCAUGCCAAUCCACCCGAGGAACGAUUGUGAAAACCAGCCGUACAGAAUGCUCCCAAAUAAACACUCAAAACACAAAAAUGGACUCUUUCCAAGGGAACCUCGGCAGCCAGUACAAGAAGCUGCUGGUCUGACGCACUCGCACUGAGCAGACAUGCAUCAGAGUGACUUUAACUGACCUACCUGUGAUUUUAAAGUUAUGAAACGGUAGUACUAUUUUAUUACGAAUAGGAAGCAAGAGCAAAUAAAGAGCACAAUGUUAAUCUGCUGGCUUUAGUUCCCUGUAUUUCCUUCGUGAUUGGAAUGAAGGGAGGACAACUGAAGCAAUUAUGCCAACAGAAAUACCUAAAAGUCUUUGUUUCAUAACAUGUGCAAUGACAGCCAUGCCGGUCGAGUGAUUAAUGAAGUAAAAAUGGAAGGUUGUUGAGAUGAGAUAAGAAUGUAUGUCUAGAUUAAUUCUUCUGAACAGUUGAUACUUUGAAAUGCUUUUAUUUCAAGCACUGUAUGUGUAGGAGCUUAUGAGUUUAUAAGCUGCAAGUGGCUCUGUAAGUAUUUCAUUUAACUGAAGGAAACGUACUUGUGUUUUUGUAUAUAUUUUUUUUAAUAUAUGAUUGCUAAGAAGCUGAUUUUCAAGCACUUGUGUUUUACAGUUAAAAAGCUGUCUUACUUUGUACUUUACAAAAUAUAUAUUUACCACUUUUUAUUUUUUAACCACUUUUAGUCUUUGAAUAAAUAUGUUCUCUUUUA